CGGGAUCCCCAGAUUCGUUCGGCUUGCUUGGUUAAUUGAUCGACUAAUCAAUUCGUUGACGGUUGGAUUGGAUCAAUGGUGUGAAUUGAAUUGAAUUGAAUGGAUAGGUUGUUGAAUUUGGUUAGCAUGACAUAGUAUGCAUUUCCUCCCUGGUUUUUCGUGAGACGAUGGAGUCUGUACCCCCCCCAUUCCAUUUUAUUUUAUCUUCUUUUCUUUUUUCCCUUUUGUUUCUAUUGUCGGCAUAUGGACUGGACUGGAAUGGAAUUGUUGAUUACUCUACUCCACUCCACUUCACUUCACUUACAUCCUAUCUAUAUCUUUACGUCAUAUCAUACCUUUAUUUUACUCUUGACACUUUAGUUACUCUUACACUUUACUCUUUACACUUGAUACCCCCUGCGCCUGGAGUACGCCUCAUUGCAUUACAUUGUCUUGCAUCACACCACACACAUUACACCACAUCGCAUCGCAUCGCAUCAAAGUAUGGUGCCGUGGUGUCGUGGUGUCGUGGUGCCGCGAUGCUUAGGGAAAGGCUUCCUCCUUCCGAUCGGAAUAGAAAAGUAGAGUGAUUUAUGCGAGGAGUACUGUACUUAUUGGGUUGGUUGUCU